AUGUGCGAACAUGCAACAGUGGACUCGCCGGCGGAGAGCACCUGCGCAAUCGUGGAACUGGACGAAGACCAGCCACUUAGUAGAACGGCGCAUUCAAAACCAUCGACGGUGUUGGCACCGACAGUUAGGCGUCUUCGGCGAACUUCUCUGUUCUCCCCAGGUUGCAUUGUCCACAGAUGGUCCUCAGGUGCACCUCUGGAGGAUGAUCCAGUACCGGUGGAUAAAAUAUGGCAACUCAACGAUAUAUAG